AUGUACUCUGAGUUCGACAAAAAGGAGAAGAAGGUGCUCACGAUCUUUGUCAAGGAGGCCAUUGAGCUAGAGUCGUUGGGCAGCGUUGUUGAAGGUGAAGUACGUCCUCGGGUAGUUCCUGAACCCAAGCCCCUAGAGUCUUCUUCAGCAGAACAACCUCAAGUUCCAGCAGAACAGCCUGAUGCAGUUGGUGAAGGUGAUGUCCUUGUUGCUGAUGCCCAAUCCGGGGGAGAUCAUCCGGGCCAAGGCGAUGGAGUUCCACCCUUGAUCGGCCCGGCUCCCGUGGAAGUGCAGGGUGAUGAAGAUGAAGCUGUUCAGGUCAACAACAAGGAUGCAAGUUUCUCAGCAUUUCGAAGAAUGGUUCCGGAGAUCGCUGAGAGCAAGCUUCGGGCUAGCGUGCAGGCGUCGGAGGAAGUCUUGAAACAGCUGGAACGAAAACCUUUGGCCGAAGCCCUGGCUUCCCCUCCAGCGCCUGAGCUCGUGGCCCUCCAUGAGAUUUCCCACAUGCCGCGGGCACCAUGGUGCGAAGCUUGCGUUGCAACUCGCUCCCGAGAGGACAACUUUGAAGACGUUGGGAACACGCGAAGAGAAAAUCCCAUCAUCUCCUUGGACUACAUGUUCACUGGGACAAAGGACAAUGGAUUGGCAACCCACUUGGUCUGUGUUGAUAGCCAGUCGAAGUUUGUCAAGGUUGUUGCUUUGAGCGCUAAAGGGGGUAGCUUGCUGAAGUAUGCCACCAAGGAAGUGAUUAUCUUGUUGCAACAGCUUGGCUAUUCUCAGGUGAGUUUGCGCUUCGACACAGAGCCCGCCAUGAAGCAGUUAGCGGACUCCAUUCAGACCUCUCGUCUGAAGAUGGGCCUGGGUACCACUUUGGAACCUGUAGGUCCCGAUCCUUUGGCACAUCGAGCCCUACAUGCUGAGAGAUACAUUGACACCGUGCGCCGUUUGGGAAACUGCUUGCUGGAGACAGUGAGGCAGAGAACGGGGCACAAAGUUGAGAGCAGCGAUCCUCUUUUCGCUUGGGCUUAUGUUCAUGCUGGCUUCUUGAUUUCUCGUUUCACGGUGCACAAGGAUGGCUGCACGAGCUAUGAGCUGGUGCAUGGCAAACCUUACAGCCAGAAGCUGUGUCCUUUCGGAAGUGUUGUGUAUGCCCAGGUUUUGCCCAAGACCAAGAACAAAGGUGAGCCGUGGAAGUCGUAUGUGUGGCUUGGUCGCUCUGAGCUCGGCCAGCUUCACAUCCUUGGGAGUCCUGUGGGAAUCCAGUUUGCCAGGACAGCUCGUCGUGCACCGAAGGGAUAUGAUGUGGAAAUGCUGAAAACAAUGCGUGGCGUUCCUUGGGACUUCUCUCUGGAAGUCUUGGCUACAAAGCAGAAGAAGACUGACUACAACAGGGUGCCGGUGGUCUUGGAGACUUUGCCUUCGAAUGCCAACAACGACGAGGCAGCUUCUGAUCCUCCUUCUUCAGUUUCUGGGCAAGGUGAUGCAAGUCCCGUGGCCAGCGGAGACCAGAUGAGUGUGACUCUCCCUGGUGGCAGUUCGUCGAGCUCCUCUGGAUCGUCAAUGUCAGAGGAACUUCUUCCUGCUAACGUUGCAAUUGUUAGCACUCUGUCUGCUUUCAGUGUUGAAGGACUUGAAGAUCUUCCCACUGGUCAUGAACCAGAGCCUGAAGUUUUUGGAGAAGAGGACGAUUUGGAUGCCUUUACCGACGAGGGCAUCAAUUGGGAGAUUGAGGAGAUCUUGGACGAUGCGAAGAGACGGGCUUAUGAGGAUGGCCCACCUUGCUUAGAUCCUGAGAAGCUUGAACUCUUGGAUGCUGAAAUGGACAAAGUUGAGGAGGAGCGGCUUCUCAACAUGGGUGUUCUCAAGGAGCUCACGGACGAGGCCAAGAAGGCGGAGAUGUACAAGUUGAGUUGCAAGUUCGUGAGAGAUUGGCGCUUUCGUGACGAAUGGAAGCGAAGGAGCCGGCUUGUGGCGAGGGAGUACAAGUUUCUCCAGCCCGAGAUGGCUGAUCUUUAUUCUCCUGCGUCUUUGGCUUCUUUGCAAAAGCUCUUUGCAGCGCUGGCGUGCAGCAACCCGAACCUUGUGGUCUUGAGUGGCGACGUGAAGGACGCAUACCUUUGUGUAGAGCAACGGCGACCAACCUAUAUCGAGACCUCAAGGGGGAUAUGCUACGAGCUCAAGUUCAACUUGCCGGGACAGCGAGCGGGUGCAACAGAUUGGUUCGACAAGUUCAGAUCCAUUUUGGAGCGUGACAACAUUCGCAGCUUUGUCGGUGCCCCUGCCUUGUUCAUCGAGCCGAGGUCCAUUGCUGUGCUCACACAUGUGGAUGAUAUUGAAACAGUGUGCGAGCUAGAGAGAGCUGAGAGACUCAAGGCCCACUGCGAGAAAGAGGGUUUGAACAUUUCAUGGGAAGGGCCUUUGAGUGUGGACUUUGGUUGCUGCAAGUUUCUCAAAAGGAAGAUGUAUUCUGUUGAAGGGGGCAUCUUCAUUGAGCAGGACAAGAAGCACAUUCAAAAGCUGACCGAGUUGACUGACACCGCCCGCGCAACUGUGAAACACACUCCCUGUCCUUCUCAUCCCCACCAGUGUUCUGAUGAAGCUCUUUUAGGAGGCGAGCACUACAACAAGUUCCGGACCGCGAUCGGCAUCCUGCUCUAUAUGGGGCCGGACAGGCCUGAUAUUCUUUACUCCGUGAAGGUUCUCUCCAGUAGGACCACCACACCCCGGCAACAUGAGUGGAAGCUUCUGUGCCACUUGGUGCGUUACCUGAAAGGGCAAGAUGAUCAAGGACUUUUGUUCACACCCUCGUGGCCGGGUCGGACCUUAGAGCAGAGGUGUCUUGAGCUGGAAAGAGAUGAGGAAGUCAAGAUCAAGGGCAACAAUCCUUUCAGUGGGAAACACCUACUUGAGAGUGAGGCACUGCUGAUCAAGAGGGUCAUCAAUUGCCUCACUGGUGGAGAGUGCGAGUGCAUCCACAGAGUGGACAACAGUGCCUGCAGAGCUUUGUUGAACCGAGAAGGCCUUGGGGGCCUCAAGCAUGUUGACUUGCACUACUUGUGGGUACAGCAGAAAAGAAAGGAUGGCGAGUUUUCGGUGAAGGCCAUAGGAACCCAGUUCUGUCCAGCUGAUAUCGGCGCCAAGGCCCACGCAGCACCUCGCAUGAAACUUCUGAGCUACAUGUGCGGUGUGUCAUGUUCCCAUGGUCCUGUUGGAAAGGAGGUGUUCGUUGCAGCUUGGAAUGCGCAGGCGACUAAGAAGAUGGCAGCGAAAGCAUCCAGGGUGAACGUGAAGCAAAACCUACGUCAAGUUUUGGCUUUCAGUCUUCUUGAACUUGGCUGGGGAGCUCCCUGUGACGAAGUGCCGUCUGCCAUGGACAACCAGAACAACUUCGUGCUCAACGUGAUCUUCCUGGGUUUGGUCUUCUUUGUCUUCAGCGAAGUGGUCAAGGUGAUCUUCUUCCUCUUCAAGAAAGGGGGCAACAUUAUCUUCAAAGGAAGCUCCUUCAGCUUUGCCGUGGUCUACCUCAACCUCUUUGGCUUCGCCCUCGGCAAGGACAGUGUGGAAACAUCUAUGUCACCUACAUCGAGUACCUCCUGGACAUCUUCGACUACAUGGACCAAUGGUGAGCUGAUCUCCUUCCUGGUGCUGUUCUUCCUCUCCAUCACGCUGGUGGUGAUGUCGUCUCGCAGGUGGCGGCAGGUGGAGAAUGACGUGGAGAGCGGCAAUGGCGAGGAGGAGAACCUUAUCUCUGAGAACGAGGACACGAGCUUGGGUGAUUCGUUCGCCCGGCCGUCAGAGCUGCGCCGUUUGGAAGAGUCGGUGCUAGAUCAGCUGUCGCUUUUGCAGAUUCGAGUCACUCGUCUCGAAGCCCGCUUGCAUCCCUUGAGCCUUCCGACAGACAGUGACGACAGUGCGCUCCCACGCGCCUCGCGUGCUGCGGCGGGCCCUGAGGCCGCCAACCUGACUGAGGCUGAUCCUGAUCACUCGGUUUCUGGUCAGGGGGAGGAGCCUAGUGAUGAUGCAGCCAGUGUCAAUGCAUGGGGCCUGUUGGCUCCCCUGAGCCCGACCACCCAUGCUGCCGUGCCUGAGGAAAGCCAGGAGGACCCCGCCUUGUGGCUGUCGGAGCCUUUUAGUCCCUUUGUUUACGACCCUGUGCACGACCCCAACCUUGGAGACCCUGCCUCGGACUUGGGUUCUUAUGAUAUGGUUCAUAGUGGGGAACGCGAAAGGUCUCUUGACCCCGAAGACAUUUGGUAUGAUUCAGUGCGAGAUCAUUCUUUAGAUGCGGCCCUAGCCGAAGGUGACAGAGAGGAGGUAGCAACCAGCGUUGUGGAAGAGCCUCUUCUGCCUGCUGAGUCGCUAUCCUACAAGCGUGUCUUCGAGGAUGCCAGGUGGGCCGAGGUUGCUCAGGAGGCAAAGUUCAGGCGUGUGUGUCAGGACUUACCAAAGAUGCCUUGGGAGCAAGGUGCAUGGUCCAGCAUUUUUGGACCUGAGAGAAACAUGAUCGACGAUGCCCUUAGGAGCAGUGUGCAAGCCUCUUAUGGCUCCGAGGAAGCUGGUCAAUUGCCACCCGAGAACCUGCCGUCAGCUUCGGCCUUUCUUGAGAAAACUUCGAGUGUAGUUAGGAUCAGGCUAAGGCGGUUUCAUCUUGAGCGACCGGCUGAUGACAGAAGGGAGCACGCCAUAAAGCGACUGAGAGCUCUCAUCAUGUACGAUCCCGACACUACCUUCUUGGGGAUGGUAGUGGCAAAGGAGGCUGCAAACCUAGCUGACGAUGAGGCUCUGUCAUACUCCUUCACUUGUGCUUUUGCAAAGAGUGCUUCCGGCUCUCUCAUAAAGAGAGCUGGGUCCCUUGACCGUUUUGGUAAGUGGAUCCUCUGCUGCCGAGGGACCUCGCCCCUCAGAUGCUCCGAGGUUGACCUGUUUGCCUACUUCUCGCACCUGCAGGGCGAGGGGGCGGGGGCCACGUCAUGCCAGCAUUGUGUGGAGGCACUGCGGUUCCUCCAUGGUGUUGCGGUGUUUCAAGUGCUUGACCUUGAGGAAGUCUUUAGCGCCAGGGUGCUAGGAAUUGUAAGGAUUAUGCAUGUGACAAAGGCUCCGUUAGCUCAACGUCCCCCUCUGACUGUAGAACACCUGUCCCUCUUGGAGCAGUUCGUGACCAUGAACAAGGAUCACCGCGCAUGUGUGGUAGGCCAACUGGUCUUCUGCGCACAUGCUUGUGCCCGGUGGGCGGACAGUCAGCGCGUACAGAGCCUAACCCUGGAGUGCGAUGCUGAGAGUGGUGUGGUCCUGAUAGUGGCCGGGGCACUCGGCUCCAAAACAGCGAUCUCUGCUGAAGCACGCACGCGGCUUCUGCCGUACGUCGCCCUGGGCAAAGGCGUAAGCAACGUGCCAUGGGCAGAGGCGUGGAUGGAGGCCAGAAAAGAAAUGGGUCUGCAAGUUGGAGGGUCUUUUCUCCUUCCAACCUGGAGUGAGCGAAAAUAUGACUGGGGUGAUUUUGAAAUGGGGGCCGCGGAGGCCACAAACUACCUCAGGGAGGCGCUCAUUUCCAUGGGAUGCGAUCUUGACGAGGUCCAGGACUAUGGCAGCCACAGCAUGAAAACUACUGUCCUGACUUGGUGUGGCCGUAGCACGAUCAUUCCUUUCACGGAGCCUGAGCAGCGUGCGCUUGGACAUCAUCUGGCAAAGGUGCUGGCCGUCUUUUCAACCAUCCAGCAAAACCGUUUCAAGCCGGAUUUGCCUGGUGCUGCAAGUGUUGCUGCUAUGGCGCAGUCCUUUGAAGAGGGCAACGAAAGGGGCUUGAGCCGACUUGACAUUCCGGCGUCAAAGCUGAACGGCGAAAAGAUGGAUGAGGACGGGGAGUCGGACGACUCCGAUCAUGCCUCGAUAGAUUUGGACAGAGAGCUCGAAAGGGAUGAUGGACUGUCGGCAGCCAACUUGGAGGUGCUCCAGCAUGCAGGCGUUGCAAGCUUUGGCCAGUUGUGCUUUAGUGUGAGUGCCUCCCCUCACACCAUCACUGACCAAACUUUCGAAGCGUGGGUUCAGCGGCUUUGGGUGCCCUCGGUCCCUUCUGAGCAGCAGCAAACAUGUCUAAAGAAGCUCCUUUUCGAAAGCCAAACCAUGUCAAUGGGCGAGAUUCGACAGAAGAUGCAACCGGCCUCGGAGCAAGUUGCAAAGCCUCUGCCCCCAUCGGAGCGGUUAGCCAGGUCGCAGCGACAGCAGGCUAGGAUCACUGGUUUGGUGUACACGCCUGAAACUACUCCCUCGCACUACCUAGUUGACUUGUUUAACGAUCAACUUGAGACGGGCGUCAUUGCUUGGGUCGCGCCUGAAAAGUGUGCUUCCAGGGCAGAUGAGAUGCAAAGCAAUAAGAAGGACAAAGCCUUGCAGCUUAUGCCGGAUGGACAAAUCAAGGUUAACUCCAAGGCUGCAGAGGUCAGGUGUGAGGCCAGCACUGACUCCAAGCUUCGUGCAGCUUGGCAGAGGCGGUCCCUUGCAAUGGACAUGGCCGGGAUUGCAACUUUCAUUGUGGUUGAAAAGUGGGUGCAUCAUCUCUUUUCAGUGUUUGCCCGCGACGUCCCGGAAGGUUAUGCACCCAUCCAGUUGAGGCAAAUGGUGAAUGCAGACAAGCGCUUGUUCAUGUUGGCCGCCGAGGGCCUGCCUGCUGAUCUCAGGGCCAGCCGGCCCGGAGACAGGACACCGCUGGAUGAUCAAAUUAUCAUGCUGAUGUUCUCUCCCGAGAUCUCUCAGUACCUUGUGCCGAUGCCCAAGCCUCAUGUUCCGCCCCCACCUCUGGGGGGUAAGGCCUUAGCCGAUUCGCUGAAGCGGGCCUUCAGUGAGGACUUGAUGGAAUCCCAGACAAGUGCCGCCGCACCUGCCUCGGCAAAGGCUGCAAAUGUUCAAGGUGGGGCUGGUGAGUUCACUUUCCCGCCUUUGCCGCCUCUAGUGGUCAGAGACUUCACAGGUGAGGUGCCAUUACCACAGGAUUUCCCAGGCUUUGGCGAAUCGUCGGACGGCAGCUUCAGUCGAGUUAGCCUAGGUUGCGAGCGUGUCGGGAACGACCUACACCUCACUCAGCUUGAAUUCCCGGAAGACUGGGAAGAGGACCCAUCACAGGUCCCCGAUGCUUGGACGCCUCCUGGUGUGGAGACCUUGGAGCGAGCCGAUAGGGAUGUGGCCGGUCUGAUGCGAGACAUUUUCGGAAGCGACGAUUCUCAUGUAGGGCACAUGGAAUCGGGGACAGCCUCGAAUGCACCCCGACAGCAGUCGGUUUCUUCGGUCCCUGUUCUUGACAAAGCUGCGUCGUUGGCCCAUGCAGAUGCCUCUGCUGAAGGGCUUAGCUUGGAAGCCCCCGGGGCAUUCGCUUCGACCGCGGGUGUCGUAGAUGAUGCUUUGGGUUCCUUUGUAGGAGGGCUUGUUAAGCAGGAUGUUGCUAGAUUCGGCAAACUUGAUGACGGUCUUAGGCUUCCGUGGGAGAGUGAGUUCUCCAAGCUGCUUUUCGACCCAGACUGUGUGUGGGACCCUUUGCAAGGUCGCAAGCAGGGGUCGAUCUUCCCGCCGAUCACACACAAUGCCCAGGCAGCUCGCAAACCUGAAGCCGGGUCCAAGGAUGCUCCGUCGGGUUCGAUUUUCGCCUGGGCCAUUGCGUUGGGUUCUGCAGCUCGCGAUCCCGCCGCGGAGCGAGAGCGUAAGAGGGAGCAAGGUAUCGGCAUGUGGAGUAGACUUGUGCUGAGGUACUCUGAGUGCUGCUCUCUUUUCGAGUGUGUCUGUCAGGGAAUGAGAAACAGAGAAGCGGGCUACGAGGACGUUGUACUGGCUGUUUCAGCUGCUGUGGGAGUGAAAUCACCGCACACCAUACACAAACGAGCUGCAUCCUUUUGGACCUUCGUUCGAUGGCUAGAUGUCCACGAGCCCUUAGCCCCGAGCGGGCUGCAUGAGGUGCAGGUGUGGAAUUUUGUGCAGUUCCUCAAGGAAACUUCUGCGCCGGCCUCCAAGGCUGCUUCUGUCCUGAGUGCUUUCAGGUUUGCUCACUUUGUGCUGGGGUUCCGUUUGUCGGGCAUAGUUGAUUCUAGGAGGAUUGCCGGAGCCACUGAGCAGCAGCUUGUGAACGUGCGCAAACUCCGCCAGGCUAAAGAUCUUACGGUCUCGCAGGUACUCGAGUUGCACGCAAGGUUGGAGUCGGGAGCCUUGCACUGCUUUGACCGCGUACUCCUCGCUUCUCUGCUGAUUAGGCUGUAUGCUAGGGCUCGCCCGAGCGAUUUCCUUUUCGUUGAGUCGGUCGAGGUUGACUGCCCGCCUGGAGCCGACUACCCGUUGUUAGUGUUCGAAGUUUCCCAGCACAAGGGGGCCAGGAAGGUGCAGCUUAAGACCAAGCUGCUGCCGAUCCUAGUUCCCAUGAUCGGGGUCCACGGAAAGUGCUGGAUUGAUGAAGCCUUGAGUGCUUUCCGGAAGGCGGGGAGAAGCUUGACUUCGGUUCGGGGUCCUCUGACCUUGGCGCCUGCCGAUGAAUCAGGGGUCGUCUCUUCGAGGAGGUCCAUCGCUUCCUCCGAAGUGGGCAAGAUGUUGCGAGCUUUCCUAGGUUUGCCUGAGGAGGUCACCGAUCCUUCGGCCCCCAGGGUCACUGCAUACUCGUUGCGAGGCACUUGCUUGGGAUGGGGAGGUAAGUUCGGGUUUGACGAGGACCUGAAAAGCAUCUUGGGGAGACAUGCGUCCUCGGUCAAGACUACGCAAGCCAUCUACAGCAGAGAACUGUCAGCUGCACCGGUCAGACGGCUUCAGGACAUGAUCAGAGAAGUUGCAGCCGGAAACUUCUUCCCUGAUAACAGUCGCUCGAGUUACUUCCCGAGGCGAGCAGUUGGUAACGAGGAGGUCACGAUCCGGGGCUCCGACAAAGGAUCAGAGAAGCUCAAUCCAGUCAAGGUUGAGGUGGUCAGCAGUGACGAGUCCGAGGCAGGGAACUCUGUUUCCUCGGACAAUGAGUGCAGCGAUUCCUCUCAGUCAUCGCAGUCUUCCUCCUCGUCGUCUGCGAGCGAGGCGGUUCAGCCUGCUGUUCGUAGGUGGAAGCGAGCUAAAGUCGAGGAGCCAGACCAGGUGUGGUAUGUGAACACUUCGAGUGGGGUCUUGCAUCUGCUUGCCAGCCCCGAUGAUGUUCCGAUGCUGCUCGCAUGUGGGCGACCCGUAAGUGGGAACUAUCGUGAAGCGACGAGGAUCGAAGUCAGUCGUGGCAAAGAGUGCCGGACCUGCCGGCGCAAUGUUGGCCUCAGUCGCGAAAGCCUCAGGGCGCUCGCGGACCAUGGGAUCGAUACUUUGAGCAAGCUGGCUUAUUCCUGUGGCCAGCCGGGCACGCCGCUGCCUCAAUCUGAGUUCGAUGAUUUCAUUUCCACGGUCAUGCCAGCGGCACUCUUGGGUGAGAAAGGAAGCGUGAAGCGGCUUCUCUUCGAGAGUCAAGCACUCCUGCUUAAUGAUCUCAGGGAACAGGUGACCCAGCCCGAUAAGUGGUCUACGCGAGACGUUCCGACGGUCGAACGUCAGAAGAGGAUGGAGGCCGUGCGAGCCAGCAUACCGGGUGUUGUGCUUGAGGGGUCCCUGGAGCCCUCCCAUGGUCUCUUGAAUGCAGCUUGUCGAAUGGAAAGAGAGGGGCAGCUUCGCUACAUAGCCCCCGAGCAGUGCGGCACUCGCAUGUAUGAGAUCCAGAAUGUUAAGGCCCAGAGUAAAACCCUGUCAUUGGAGGAGGGCAAGUUGGCGAUUUCUGAGGAGAAAGGGUUGCCAGAAGUAGCCUGCGGGUCAGCCUUGUUAUUGCAAGAGGCUUUGAAGCGCCGAGGUGUGGCUCUCCAGUUCGCCGGUGUAGCCAGUUACGUGGCACAUGAAAGGUAUGUCCUCAAACUCUUUGGGCAUAUGGGGCGAGAGCCCCCGCCAGGCUAUGCAAGGACUAGUGUACACCAACUCCUUACGGCAGAUAGGCAGGUCUGGACGCGAAUGAUCGAAAACGAAAUCAGUCCGAAAAGGAGUGCAGAUGGGACAUACCCUGUUGAUCGGGCUCUGCUCUCCACACUUGAGACCUUUGACGUAACUGUAGCCCUCCUUCCGCGAAAGUCCGAGGAAAGCAAGAAGAGGGUCGCCACGCCGCACAAGCCCGGGGUUGAGCGAGACACUAAAAUUACGAAGCCCCCCAAGGGCAAAGGUAAAGGCAAGAAGGGCACAUGGCAGCCCAGUGUGCCGGAAGCCAUCCGUAAACUGGGUGGAGUUGCAGAGACUCCCGACAAGAAGCGCAUUUGCUUCUCCAGGCCGCUGUUACACCAGUCGCAUCGACCUCCGCUGGAGGUCAUGAUUCACCGUAAGCUUGCCGAUGUUUUGCAAUUGAUCACUAUGCUUGAGAGCGAGACCCCGGCGAGGGGACAAGAAGCGCCAAACACUUUCUCCUGGACUUCGGGAGCAUAUGCCAAAGGUGGAGAGGUCUGGCAAAAAGGGCCCGGCAACGACGUCGUGCAGGUCCAUCUCAACAUGCCUACAGGCCGAUCUGGCCACGCCCAAAGGACAGGACUUGUGCAUGGAGUGGAUAUGAUAUCGUCACCUAGGUUAGCCGGCCUUUUUGUGACUCCGCCUGCUCACUUGGGCAGUGCUUUGGACCAAUUCUUGGCAGCAGCCUUGUUACAUGUCCUCGGCCGAGGGGCGGUCUGUGUUUUGGCCCAGUCGGGCGAUGGGCCGUUCUGGACGUCCGACUGCUGGAGCAAGGUCUCUUCGCAUUUUACUUUUGUGUCGUGCCACGACUGCGCAUACGAAGGAAACCACCUGAGCACUACCAUCUUUGCUGUCACCGAUCGCUCAUUUUCGAAGCUUGCUCGAUUUUGCUCGGGCAACUCGUGCCGCCAGGACCGUCUGCCUGAGUCCAAAUUGCAUGGCGCCCAUCCGGUGCGUCUUGCCACGCAGAUAGCUUGCUGUUUUGCUCAACACUUCGUGCAAAAGGGCUGGCAAUCGCCCCCGCAAACUUUUGAUGCUUUUGAUCCUCGCUUGGAAGUUCCUAUGUCUCGUGCUUUGGCUGGUGCCCAACCUCGGGCCAGCAAGAUACCGCCACUAGUUAGUGAGCAUCAGCGGGUCCUAGUCUUGCAGCACCCUCCGGGGCUCGUGCUGCCGUGUCAGCCGAUGCAACGACUCCGAAACCCGUGGCCCGUGCCGCCACAGUGUGGUGCCACCCUGGCACACAUCCCGGCAAAAGCUCAGCUGCUCCGGCACGUGCCAAUAGUGCAAGCUGGGGGUAAAGAACUGGUGAAAGUUGAUUCUUGGGAGAUGGCUUGGGGGUUACCCUGGGAGCCUGAGGAGUUCAUGCAGAAGGCGUCCGAAUCAUGUCACCCAAGGUCGAUGGGCUCGGUGCUCCCGGCCCCCUUGAAUGAUACUCUUGAAUCCUUGGAUAAGUUGGGAGACGCCGAAGUUUCCGCUUUGAGGGCUAGGGUAAUCAAGGAGUGGUUGCACUUGGCGACUUCGUUGUCCUCCAAUGAGGCGGAGCUGAAGGCCAGCAUGCACCCCGAUGUCCGUGAGAUUACAGCAUCCAAACGCAUCCUCUUGUGGGAAGCUUUGCUUAAGAAAUACGAUUACCCAGACCAGUGUGUGUCGAGCCUUCUCAAGGAAGGCGUCCCGUUGGUGGGGCAUGACCCCGCCUUAGCAGCAGAAGUUUGCUCCAAGACCGAUAAGGAGCGCGAAGCAGGUUGGAUCGUUGGUCCCUUGUGCGAGUCCAGCUUGUGUGAUGGGAUCUUGGUUAGCCGUCGGUUCGGAAUCCAGCAAGGCCAGAAGGUAAGGUGCAUCGACAAUUUGACUUCUUCGGGGGUGAACCUUGCGGUGCAGGCCUAUGAGGCUCCGCAGCCUCAGUCUACAGACGUGGUUGCAUCCACCUGUCUUCGACUGCUGAAAUCCAUCAAAAAGAGAGCAGGCAAGGUCUUGUUCAAAAUCUUGGGCAAGGCGUUUGAUCUCACUGCAGCUUACCGGCAGAUGCCAGUCCACCCAGACACAGCCUGGGCAGCGUACGUUUGCUUCGUGCAUCCAGACACGAACGAGCGAGUGUACUUUCGGAUGAAGGCCAUGCCAUUUGGAUCGGCAAUGGCAGUCUACGCUUUCCUUAGGAUUAGUCAUUCCUUGUGGUUUCUCGGUGCAAAGGCAUUGCUUUUGCCUUGGUCGUCGUUUUUCGAUGACUUUGUCACUUUUGCGACGACGGGGUGCUCUGCGUCGGCAGAGGCGGCAGUAACGUCAAUGUUCAAACUCCUAGGUUGGGCGUUCGCCGAGUCCGGCGAAAAGGCAAAUGACUUUUCCGAGUGCUUCCAGGCGCUUGGAAUCAUGGUGGACCUUCGUGCAUGCCUUGAUGGCACCAUAAGCUUCAAGAACACUGCAAAGCGGGUCUCCGAGAUCAGGGCGUUCGUGGGCAAGGUGCUUGAGUCAGGUAGGUUGCCACAUCACGAGGCUCUAAGGCUCAGGGGUAGGUGCCAGUUCGCCGAUUCGCAAAUCUUCGGUCGUACUGGGAAGAAGUGCUUGGGCCUGAUCACUGCUCAUGCUUACGGCUUUGACGAUGUAAUCAGUCGCGAACUCAGGGCAUCGCUCGAGAAGUUCCUGCUCAGGCUCGAGGUCGGGGCCCCGCGCUUGAUCAAGAUCCUUGAGGGCGGAUCAUGGCAUGUGUACACAGAUGCUUCGUAUGAGCCAGGGGCAGGGCAUAGUUUCUGCGGCCUAGGAGGGGUGCUGGUUGAUCCUACUGGUGUUCCACGAAAAUUCUUUUCACUUGUUUUGAGCGAUGCACAGAAAAACUUUCUUGGCGAGCAGAAUUCUGCACAGAUCAUCUUCCAGGCUGAAAUGCUAGCAAUGGCAGUGGCACUGGACGUAUGGUUGCAGGACUUGAUGGGGCACACGGCAAUCUUCUUUGUGGACAAUAACGGUGUGCGUGACGCAGCUAUCUCUGCGAAUGCCAGAGCUUCAGUCGCGAGACGGUUGUUGGAGGCGUUUCUGCAGAAGGAACAUAACUCCUCAAUCAUUCCGUGGUUCGCAAGGGUACCAUCCCCAUCGAACCCUGCAGACGAACCUUCAAGGGUUGAGCUUGACAGCUUGAGCUUGCUGGGGGUUCAACUCCUUCGUUCGAAUGUGACUCAAAGAGUCGACUCUUGCUUGAAGGAUGUUCAGGGACUUAGGUAA